AUGAAAGAAGAUCAAUCAAUUUCUUUUUCAAUUGUUUAUUUAGGUUCUUCACUCUCAAAUUCGUAUAUAUCUGACCAUGAACCGUCAUCACCAACAAUUACAAAGACUUCACAAUAUCGAUCAACAACACCAACAAGUAAUAAUUAUAAUAAUAAUCGUCCUGUAAUCAGUGUUAGUUCAUCUCAAUCACCAGUUAUAACAAUUGCACCUAGAAAUUCACCAAGUCAAUCUGAAAUUCGUUUUUCAUCAUCACCUAAUCCAACAAAAUCAACUUUUAAAGAAAUUCGUAUAUCACGACCUGAUUCACCAUCAAUAUUAAUCAAUAAUCGUCAAGGAAUUAAAAAUCAAUCAAUUAAUUAUUCUAAUGGAAAUGAUAAUGCUUUUCAUAUUUCACUUGGUACACCAUCAACAACUACAAAUCAAAGAGAAGUAUCUGUACCAUCUCCUUUAUCAUCAAUUCAUAUGCUUGGACGAACAUCACCGUCAAUUCGUCAGAUUGAUAUGCAUCAUGAUUCACCUAUUGAUAAUCGAUAUACAUCAAAUGUAGUUGCUAAUCGUUUUAAACCAUUAAUGGCUUAUACAAGUGUGAAUAGUAAUAAAUCUCCAGUAUUUGAUAAUUCAGAACGUCGAUCACCAUCUAUUGUAAAUCUUCCACCAACAUCUUCACAUUCAAAUUCAACAUCAUUUACUAUGCGUAAUGGAAAUAUAAUGAAACGAGAUACAACCGAUGUUGAUCAUUUAACAAAAUUAUUAAUGAAAAGUAUGAAUUCAUCUAAUGAACCGAAUUUUUUUGGUAUGUGCGCAAGAUGUAAUGAUGAAAUCGUUGGAGAAGUAAAUGGACUUGUAGCUAUAGAUAGAAUGUAUCAUGUAUCAUGUUUUACAUGUACUAUGUGUGGUUGUCGUUUACGUGGUAUGCAUUUUUAUUCAAUGGAAAAUAAGCCAUAUUGUGAAUUAUGUUAUAUUAUUCUCCGUGCAACGGGUAAACCUUAUCAUGCCGAAUGUUUUUGUUGUAUUGUUUGCCAUAAAAGUCUUGAUGGUGUAACAUUUACAAUAGAUGCAAUAAUGAAAGUACAUUGUAUUGAUUGUUUUCAUCAAAACUUUGCACCACGUCGUUAUGUAUGUCAUCGGCCUAUAUUACCAAUGAAUGGUCAAGAAGAAACAAUACGUAUUGCUGGACUUGAUCGAAGCUAUCAUGUUGAUUGUUAUCGAUGUGAAAAUUGUAAAGUGCAAUUUACAAAUGAAGAAGGAUGUUAUUCAGUAGAUGAUCAUAUUUUAUGUAUUCAUUGUAAUUGUAUUUAUUCAAGAACGAUGUUUGGUCAUACAUAA